GAGGACAUCACCACGAUCUUUGUUGUUGGCUUCCCCGAGGAUAUGCAGGAGCGAGAGUUCCAGAACAUGUUCACUUUCUCCUCCGGCUUCGAGGCCGCCACCCUCAAGAUUCCAUCUCCUGGCGAGUCCGAGGAGAGCGGCGGCCGUAAGCAAAUUAUUGGCUUUGCCAAGUUCCGAACCCGCCACGAGGCCCAGGAGGCCCGCGAUCUCCUCACCGGCCGCAAGGUCGACGCCGAGCGGGGGUGCAUCCUCAAGGCCGAGAUGGCCAAGAAGAACCUGCACACCAAGCGCGGUCUUUCCAACGACCUGAUCAACACCUAUGGCUCGCCCGCUGGUCCGCGCAGGCUCAACAGCCACACCCAAAAGCUCCUCAACGACCCGCUCAACGACGCCCACUCGUACGACAGCCCCCUCCCGAUCCCAAAGGAUCUGCGCGAUCUCAUCAGCCCCACCGACAUUUUUGAAUUCUUCUCGGCGCCGCCCGAGCGCGAGGUGCCCAACUUUUUGUCGCAUCGUCAAGAGUCCUACCACGACUCGCUCUACCCGGAGCCCCUGAUGCCCGGCUCCUUCGCAAACGACAUGCUCGACAUGCCGACCCCAUCCCGCUUUGCCAGCGCCUCGGUGCCCCUCCCGACCCCCACGUCCACGCCCACCACCAUCCCCAACCCGCGCUCGGGCCUGUACAUGCCUCUGGAUUCCACAAGUUACAACCGGAACGGCGCCAACAACGGCGACAGCAACCUGCCCUGCAACACCCUCUAUGUCGGCAACCUUCCCAUGAACGCCUCCGAGGACGAGCUGCGAAAGAUCUUUUCGCGGUGCAUGGGCUACAAGCGCAUGUCGUUCAAGCUCCGCCCCAACGGACCCAUGUGCUUUGUCGAGUUUGAGGACGUCAGCUACGCGGCCCUUGCCUUGCAGGAGCUCAACGGCCAGCACCUGACCAGCUCCAUGAAAGGCGGCAUCCGCCUGAGCUUCUCCAAAAACCCCCUGGGCGUGCGCUCGGCCGUGCCCUCCUCUCCUAUGACCAACUCGGCAUUCCCAUACCCCCCUGUGACCACCGCCCCCGCCGUUGCGGCCUCGGUCACAGCAGCUGCCAAUGCCACGGUCUCGCAGGCCCUCAUCGACAAGGAAAACCGCGGUGGCCUGCAGCUGAUCCACGGUCACUGA